GGAGUGGAACUAAAUUGUGAUAAGGACUUGGAAUUAAGUAUUUUCCCAGCAUCUUCUUUUAUCUACCACAAUCUGAAAAGCCCCCCCCAAAAAUACGUGAUUGAAUGCCAUUGGCAUUGACGAGUAGUUAGGACACAUGAUACCGUAAAGUAGUCGUGUUUAGUUAUAAGGGGGGCGGACGGAGAGUUGAAGUCAAUCUCAUCUUUUGCGCACACUUUCAACAGUCCGUCUGGAGGAGCGGUCACUUGACGAAUUCUCCCCAAACUUUCAUGAAUUGCUCGUAUUGGAGACGUCCCAGACAGAGAUUUUGUAACAUUUCUACAUAUAUUGCAUGUAGCCAAAGCCUUGGUACCAGACGGAGAAGAUGAUCUCCACCAUCUACAGCAACCUGCCACAGAACCACUCCGUUUUCUCCUCUGGGUAUUCCAAUGACAGCUGUCGUUUCAAUGAGGAGUUUAAAUACAUCCUGCUGCCUUUGUCCUAUGGCCUGGUAUGUGUCCUGGGAUUAGUGCUCAACUCUGUCGCUCUGUGGAUGUUUAUCACCAAGAUGCGUCCGUGGAACACCAGCACAGUCUUUAUGUUCCACCUGGCGCUGUCGGACUUCCUGUACGUUUUGACGCUGCCCACACUCAUCUACUACUAUGGAAACCGCAACCACUGGCCCUUCGGUGUGACCGCCUGCAAGAUAGUCCGCUUCCUGUUCUACGCCAACCUCUACUGCAGCAUCCUCUUCCUCACCUGCAUCAGCAUCCACCGCUACCUGGGUAUCUGCCACCCCAUUAAGGCUCUCACCCUGGUGAAGUCACACCAUGCCCACCUGGUGUGCGGCCUUGUCUGGGCAGCGGUGACUGUGUGCCUGGUACCCAACCUGAUCUUUGUUACUACCACUACCCGGGACAACGACACGCUGUGCCAUGACACCACUCACCCGGAAGCCUUCGAAGAGUACGUUCAUUACAGUUCCAUUGUCAUGGUGUUGCUGUUUGCCAUUCCCUUCUUGGUUAUUAUGGUAUGUUACUGCCAGAUGGCUCGGGCUCUCUGUCGGCCCAGACGAGGCUUGUCCCCUAGCCAGCAGGGGGCCUCGCGGCAGAAAUCCAUCAAAUUGAUCAUCGUGGUUCUGGUGGUGUUCGCUGUGUGCUUUGUACCGUUCCACAUCACACGCACCCUGUACUACACCUCUCGCCUGCUGGAUGUGAAGUGCCAAAGCCUCAACAUCAUCAACUUUGCCUAUAAGAUCACCCGGCCGCUGGCCAGCGUGAACAGCUGUAUCGACCCCAUUCUGUAUUUCCUGGCUGGGGAUCAUUAUCGAUCAAAGCUAAUGAAAGCUCUGACGAAGAGAAGUCAGGCCACAUUCAGUCGUUCGGGCGCAUACAUGCAAACCCGGCCCCAAGGCAAUCCUGACAUUGCCCUGGCUUUCAAAACCCCAGAUGUUGACAGGUGUGAACCGGAGACAUAGAAGUAUGGGAACUCACGUAGACUCCUAUGGGACAUCAUCCCGAUAUCUUGAACUGAUAGAUAUAAAUGACAUGAAGGGUUUGUGCUUGUAUUCCUGACUGUAUAUAACUGCCCGUGUUUAGGUGGCCCUCUCUCUUUUUGCAUAAGAAGGCACCAGUCACUGGGCUGAUACAGAGGUCAAAUUCCUGCGUAAAGGUGGUGUGAGUUGUGUACCCUCAAAGACCUUACAGGAAGAUGCUGAUUUCAGGGUUGAAGGGUUUGAGGCCCACUCUAUCGUCACUGAAGUAGACAGUGAAUAUACAUAUUGACCACAUGCACACACUCUUCUGUUCUGUCACCAAGCCAAAGACCUCUAGCUCUUAGACAGAGUUACUUCUGUUUUUCUUCUUACUCCUCCUUGUUGCGGUCGCAGUGUUAGUAGGACUAAGUUCAGAUCUUUUCAUCCAGGAAACAAAACAGUAUUUUUCCCCCUCAGAGACAAAAUACACCUCCCAGUAUUACCACAGAGGAAUGUCAGUACAAAGCCUAUUAUGUGGUCAAGUACACGGCUCAGUAGGAAGGACAGAUAUAUAGCCUAUAUAGGGUGACCAGAUGAAAAAGAGUUUUUGUAUUGCAUGCCGCACUAUCUGAUCAAAACAACAGUACUCUCUACAGUCAGAACUCGCGCAAGAAGGUGGAACGUAAGGGAGAUACUCUUUCCAAAACUUGUAAGGGCGUAAUAGAGAAACACAAAUAUCCGAAGAGGCAAAAUCCCGGAAAAUUUUGGAAACCCUGCCGGACGCAUUUUUUUGGGUAAAAGAGGACGUCUGGUCACCCUAGCCUAUAUCAGCUUCUAUUGGAUUGCCACUCUGUGAGAGGUGCACUAAAAUUACAUGACUAAUGACAAAAAUAAAUUAUGGCGAAUGUAUUAAAACACUACUGUGGAAAGGUUUGGCCUGAAUUAAUAAUCAACAGAGGAAUUUAGCCAGUGACUCAAACAGUGAGGCACUGUGUUCUCUGAGCACAGAGACCCAGAAGCUGUUGCAGGUUCAGCCUGUCAGAGUGACCGUUCCAGCUGUUUCUGUUACUGAGAUGUGCUGAGAAGCUCCACAGCUGUUUCUCUCUGCAAGGAGAGUACAUCAGUGAUGGCUGUCUGUCUGUCUGGCUGGCUGGGGUUGUGUACAGGCUGGAUGGCGUCUCCAUCCUAGAAGCCCACGCCUUGACAGGGGACAUAAAAGGUGGGGGGUUUCCAUUCUGCUCCCUUAGCGAUUGAGCGAUAGCCUGUUUCCUCAUCAUUUCGGGGGUAUUUUCCAAAAAGUAUUUCAACAUGUGACUGGCUGACUAGUGCUUUUGUUUUUUUUGUGAGACUUGAUUGUUAGAUUUGCUCUGACUAUUGUUAUAACCGUGGAGUGUAAAUGUGGUCUAAUUCAGUUAUUUUAUCAAAUAUUUUUAUGGUUGACAUGUUAGCAAAGAUCCUUAUACUACAGUAGGUUCAAUCUAUACCAGGAUCACACGUGUCUAAAUCUGCUUGUAAAAAUUUAACAAUGUCAUUAAAUAUACAAUCCAUGGUUGUAUUCUUUGGAAA